CUGCGCAUGAGGUACUUCCGGCGGGGUCACGCCGCUCUACCGGUGGUACCUGCGUACACGGUGCUUCCGGCAGGGCUCGCCCGCGGGAGCCUCCGAUUCUGGCGCCGGCCUUGGUUGCAGACAUGGCUUCUCUCCUGGCCAAGGAUGCCUAUCUGCAGGACUUAGCCAAGAAGAUCUGCGCGCAGCCUGGCCCAGAGCGGCAGAGGAGCAAGUGGGCUGUCAGGACAAAAGGCUCAGAAGCUGCUGGACCUCCGAAAAAGAAAAGGAAGAAAACACAAAAGAAGUCUCAGGAGCAGGAACAGAAAGCUAUGGAACAGAAGACUAAACCCCUGGCCAAGAAGUCUCCCACCUCUUCUAGGGCCAAGAAACCCAUGGUAUCCAAACAAGAGACAAGCUCCAGCUCCCUGGGGUCCCCUAAAGGUAGCCAAGGCACAGCACCUGAUUCUGUCUUUGCCCUGGAUUUCCUUCGACAGCGGCUGCAUGAAAAGAUCCAGCUAGCCCGGGGCCAGGGUAGCACCAAGGAGUUGUCUGCUGCUGCUCUAGAAAAAAGACUACGGAGAAAGCAGGAGAGGGAACGGAAGAAGAGGAAGCGGAAGGAGCUUCGAGCAAAGCAGCAGACGUACUCAAUAAUCUCCAGUCGGAGAGCACCCAAUGGAGUGAGGGUCUGCCGGCCGGACUCCUACACUGUAACAGCAAGGUUUUAUGACACCAAUCUUAAGGAAGAAGAUAUUGAGUUUAACGUAAAUUGA